AUGAGCCCACAGAAAUGCGAGUCUCUACACCGAUACCCAUUUUAUCAUCUGACGCUGGCUGGAACAGGAACAUGUUGUGGAAAGCCCAAGGUCCCAGUGCCCUGGAGCAACAUCAUCAAGGGGCAGUCCAGAUUUAUCUCCAGCACAUACCUACCUGAUGAUACCAAGAUCUUGGAGCCAUCCAAAAUGCUCCGCACUGAUGCCAAUGCAAUCUUGGACUUUUGGUGGGACCGACAGGAAACCCAGGUUGGACCAACCUUCAGAUUCAAAGCCUGGAUGGAUGAAAAGGGCAGAAUGUGUUCUCCUGUUGCCGAGGAUGAAUCUGAUGGUGAUGCCGAUGAUGAGAGUACCAGUGCAAGGCCGACAAGAAAGCCAUUGGCGACCACAACAUCUUCGACCAAGGAAGAAUGUGACAAGACCGAUGCAGAGGCAUCUCCACCAGCAGUCCAACAAUGCCUGCACGGCUGCGCAAAUGCUGAAGACACCGACCGGUCUGAUGACCUACCGGUGCCAAAGAGCUUUGGAAAGUGUGCCAGAGGUCAUAAAGACCAACCAUCGGUCUCCCAUCACCGAACGCCUCCUACAGCAAAGACCAUUAUUUCUGUACCUCAUGUAACUGAGGAAUCAGAUCAGUCAACUGAAGCCAGCCGUGUUGCCUGCUCCUUCGGCCCAAGGUCAACUCGCCGGGCAUUGACGUGGACAAGGGCUGCCAGAGAUGCAUCUCCUGUGGUGCAAGAGAGGCAGCCAAAGAAUGUGCCCGCUACCAGAGAUCGUGCGCCAAGGAAGGCCAAGUCGGCCAGAUUUGCCCCCGGUGUUCCCUCUGAUGCACCAGAAAAAGGCACCAGGAGCAAUGCUGAGAAUACACAAGUCACACGCACUCAGCAAAAGCCCAAGAGGUAUACUGACUACAUCUAA